AUGAAAUUCAGCUUCACUUCGCAAAAGCCACAAGAGAACGAGUACGACACAGUUCCCGACUAUAUUGAAAAAGAAAAGCUGAGUGACUUCGGUUCAUCUUCUGAUUACGGUUCCUAUCAUCACAUUCAUCCACCCACAAAAAUGUCUUCAUCAACAGUGUCUAGUGGUACGCACAGUUCUGGAAGUCAGUUAUCCAGUCCUCCAAGCACGAACAAGAAAGCGUAUCAACAGUCUGGCCGCGUUUCUGCCCUUCAUGUCACACCCUCACCAAGCGAUUCGGGUAUUGUUGACUAUGAGACCCUAAUCCGUGAUAAAGAAAAUGAACUACGAGUUGUACGCAACACGAUGGAACAAAACGAAGAAAUUAUUGUAAAAGUCUAUCAAGAAAAAGAACGUGCAUGGAAAGAAGAGUUGGAACAUUUGCGUUCUCGUCUAAGCGCUUCAGAAAAAGGAGAGAAUGCACUUCGAGCGCAGUUGGCCGGUUGUCAAAAACAGACGGACAAUAUGAGCCGAACAAUUGACGGUCUUCGAGAUGAGAAGACUGGUUUGCUUAGGAAGGUAAGCAAGAUUACUGAAAAUAUUAAAUUGGCUUUUUUCUACAGAUUUAGAAGGGCUAUGAACCGAAUAAUUGAUCCCGAUAUAUCCUUGCGCUCUGAAGUAGCCAGUCUUCGUGACGAAGUUGCAACGCUCAAGGAAGCUCUCACUGCCCAAAUGCAGGUGUUUUCUGAUGAAAGGAAAAAAUGGGAACGCGAGGUGAGCCAUAAUCAUUAUCCUACAUGAUU